AUGGAAUCAGACGUAUCUGGAGGACGGUCAGGAGGAAGUGGGGGAAUAUUUGGAGGGAAUGAAGAUUUCUCAGAUGUGGGGGUGGAGGUGGGAUGGGUGUGCGGCCGGAACAUCACCGGACUCCGGUUACCGGAGAAUCUGACCGAGAAGAUGUCUGCAAGAGCUAUUGAGGUGCUGAACUUCACGCUUGUUAAUGGGAAGUCAAUCAGGAUUAUGUAUUCUAAUCGCGAUCCCAAUGUGCACAAAAGUGGUUCUGGAAAUUUAUUUAUCAAGACGUUGGACAAGGCAAUUGACCAAAAGGCGCUACACGAUACCUUUUCCACAUUCGGGAAUAUUCUCUCUUGUAAGAUAGCUACCGAUUCAACCGGUCAGUCAAAAGGCUACGGGUUUGUGCAGUACGACAGUGAAGAAUCUGCACAACAAGCUAUCGAGAAACUCAACGGCAUGCUUCUGAACGACAAACAAGUAUACGUGGGUCCCUUCUUGCACAAACAAGAAAGAGAACAGGCUGUUAACAAGACCAAAUUCACUAACGUCUUUGUUAAAAACCUUUCUGAAUCAACAACUGAUGACGAUUUAACCAAGGCGUUUAGUGAAUAUGGAACAAUCACGAGUGCUGUUGUGAUGAAGGAUGCAGAUGGGAAGUCGAAAGGUUUUGGUUUCGUUAACUUUGAGAAUGCUGAUGCUGCAAAGCGGUAGAGGGUCUUAACGGGCAGAAGUUUGAUGAGAAAGAAUGGUAUGUUGGAAAAGUGC